CUUCUCCACCACUCCAAAACCUCUCAAAACCCCCCAUUCAAUCAUCCUCUUCAUUUUCCUCCUCUUUAUAAUUUCUUGAUCAUUUUCACUAAUUCCUUUUCCAAGUUAUCAUGGGUGUUCUUGCAGUUGAAACCGAAAGCACCUCUGCCAUUGCCCCAGCUAGGUUGUUCAAGGCCUUAAUUCUAGACUCCGACAACCUCGUCCCAAAAAUCCUACCACAGGCAAUUAAGAGCAUCGAAAUUGUUUCCGGAGAUGGAGGAGCCGGUACCAUCAAGAAGAUUCACUUUGGUGAAGCUAGCCAAUUCAAGCAUGUUGUGCACCAAAUCGAUGCAGUAGACAGUGAAAACUUCACAUACAGUUACAGUGUGAUUGAAGGUGAUGUUCUUGGAGACCUGCUCGAAAAGAUCUCGUACGACACCAAGAUCGUUGCAGGCCCAAAUGGCGGAAGCAUUGUGAAGAACACAAGCACAUAUUACAUCAAGGGUGACAAUCAACUCAGUGAAGAGCAAGUUAAGGAAGGCAAAGAAAAAGCCUCUGGUUUGUUCAAGGCUGUUGAGGCUUACCUUGUUGCAAACCCUGAUGCAUACAAUUAAGGCUUUAUAUUUUCUACAUCUAUAGUUUCCUACUUUGUGUAAACCAAUCCAAAUUGUGUGCUGUGGGUUUUCAUGCUUCUUCUUCUUUUUUUGUUUUUUUUUCAAAUUACUCUGCUGUCAAAUUCACGAUUUGGCUUUUUACUUUUGAGAUCAUGAUCACCAGUUGUGCUAAAUAAAAUGAGAGGAUGAUGUUGUAUUUUGUUUCAAUUUCAACAAAUAAAAUGGAAGUAUUUAAUUUGAUACCAA